AUGCACGUGGGCGGAUAUAUUCCCGCUGCUGGCAAGCCCGCACCCGCUGAUGCAGCAGCUGGCGGAAUCCAGCCCGGGGAGCGGCGGAACGAAAAGGGAGAGGAGCCAGGAGCGGCUGCUGGUGGCCAUAUCGUCAUUAGCGCGGUUGAAAGAGGUUCUGGAGGGGGAGAGAGCGCAGCAGCUGCACGGCCUGCGGGAAAGGCAGAGGGAGCAGAGGGAGCAGCGGCAGCUGCUGCUGUAUGGACGGCCAGGGUCUGGGUGUGGGGAGGGGGAAGGGAGGGAGGGAGAGAGGGGAAAGAGGGAAGAGGACCACGUUGGGAGAUAGAGGAGUGCGGACCGCUGGAGGGGGGUGAGAAGGGAGAAGGCAGUGGGAGAACGGAGGGGCAGGGAGGAGAGAGAAGAGAAGGGGAGGGUCGUGGAGAGGGGGGCACAAAGGCAUCAAAUGGGGGAGAGCAGGUGGCAGGGCAAGGCGAGGAGGUGGCAGGGCAAGGCGAGGCCAAGGGGAGUGCGGAAGGAGAGUCAACAGGGCACGUGACAAAGGGCAAUGGCAUUGGGUGGGAUGCAAAGGUGCUGGAGCGGGCAGGUGUAGUAGGGCGGGCAGGAGCAGGGGCAGCAGGGCGAACAAGGGCAGCAGGCCGAGCAGGGGCGGCAGGGAGGGGAGGAGGUAGAGGAGCAGCAGGGCGGGCAGGCACAGGAGCAGGGGCAUGGGGAAGGAGUCGCAGUGUGUCCCCAGCAGCCUGUCGCAGCAGAGAGGACGAGAGGGAGUUUGAGCUCGCCUUCUCACACCUGCAGGUGUCCUGGACCAAGGGGUAG